AUGUCGGCGAUUGAGCACAAGUUGGGCGAAGAGCGCGCUGAAGAAAACUACCUGGACUAUACUAACCUGAGAAUGGCCUGGUACCCAAGCGGCAGCAAGGAAAACGAUUCUCACACGUGCACAACGGAUUUGGUCAGUCGGAAACCUCACAGUACGUCCGUCGUCAUCCACCUGUUCGACCAAGUCACGGACACAAUCGCCAGCGGAUUUCAAGUUGCCUACUCUUGCAGGUCGAACACAUCCGACACCCACAUGUUCACCGACAUUGCGCUCGCACUUACCGAGACGAAGAAACUCGACGGGACGACGGAACGUUCAUACAGGGCUGAUACCAUAUAUUCCUACCCGUACGUCAGUGAUCAGGUGGGCGAGAAUAUCUCAAGUAUCACACGGCCCUAUGCGUUUAUAGACCUCAGGAUCAAGCAGGGUCCAAACUCGCUGGAAACAAUUACCGAGGAUGCCCCCGUUACGAUUGGCGAACUCUUGGGCGACAUCGGAGGGUUUUGGGAUAUUUUGCUGUUACUGUGGCCAGUUUUCUUCGUUGUUGUCUCGCAGGAAGAGCCUACCUUGAAGCCUCGUAACUUCAGGAAGUCGUUGCAGAGGGGUACAGGGCGUGUGACGAAGUGCAACUGUUGCACUAGGUCGGGCACUGAGCAAGUGGAGAUGACAGCCAGGGGGGAUUUUGGAACACCAACUGCAAUUAGGAACAAUCGUACCUCCGUGGACGUAUCGGGUUGUUUUUCCGGCCGCCCCCGUGAACAAGAUAGACCGCGACGAACUUCUUCGUAUUCCUCCGCAGUCUGAGAAUCUGGUAUCCCUAGUUCACCCGACCACCACCUUCCUGCGGAUACGGCAUCCGCUCCCCCUCCCCCCCCCCAAAGUAUCGCUCCCUUCGCUCAAUUGGCGAAACCUGAAUUGGAGACUCUUCUGGGGAAAGAAUUUUCUACUUCCCUCAAGAUGGCCAGCCUUUCGGCAUCCUCUUCGAGAAUUCAAGAGUUUUGAGCAUCCCUCCAACGUCGGGGUCAUUCUUUUUGUACAAGUCUGGUUUCGUUACGGAGAUUCUAUGGCCGUUUGUCAAGAGGCGCAUCUGUUGUGUUUGUGGUACUUGGUGAAGAUGCUGGUUUGGGGCGAUCUCUAGGGGGUACAAAGUUGGGGUAGCGGUAUGUUCAUCUCCUCUGUCGCGUUGGGGGGCCCUUUCUCACUGCGACAGAAUCACUGCUACUCUAAUAGUACAUGAGUCAAAUUCAAUAUAACCAGAGGCGCCUCCGGCAGGUCAGAAGUACGUUAACCGAGAUCCCGCCGCAGCACACGAAAACGAUAUCGUGUAGGGCUACAGGCCGCUGGUAGGAAAAUACGGGGGGCAGAGGGUAUUUCCGACUGCGAGGGCAUCUCGAGCGCGGACGUGUGUAUUGUGUUUUAUGUGUAUGACUUUCUGGGUGUGAAUAGGCGUUUCGGUGUCCUUCUACCAGUAUUGUCGGAUUUCUUGCGUACUCUUUCCAGGGAUUGAUUCGUUCGCUUUGGACAGUCGUGAUGAUACCUUGUACGUUUUUCAAAUGAAGUAUACAGGCGCAGAGCCUAUCGAGCAAGGAUCUAUAUAGUACAGAGUUUCUGGGACGCAGCUGUUGCAUCCGAGGAUGUGUCAGUCAAGAAAUGUGUUCUAGUUUUCGUGGUCCCAGAGGGCACCGCAUUUGAGAAGUCAAAGACGUUGAGCAAGUGUUGGCUGCCAGGAGCAAGUACUGAUUUUCUGUCCGCGUGUGGUGUAUGCAUUAUCGCAAUCCGAUGUUUGCCGUUGUAGUCGUUCAGAACAUUUCAAGAUGUAUGGUGUUGUUUCGGCAGUAACGCAGCACGGCGGUAUUGUUUCGGCGGUACUUGUAGGCGGGUUGCUGUUUGUGGCGGCAGCGACUUGGGGCGGUAGAGCUCACAACGAUGACACGUUGGUGAUCAAAAGCGGUUAUUAUCCGUUUUUCGGCGAUGAUGUUUGCGGCACUACUACUCUCCCCGGCCUUGACAAAGAUAUUGAAUUCAGCAAAGAACGGACGCAAUAUCGCUGGCUAACGUGAGUCGUUCGGAUCGCGACAGGUACAGUCUGAAGCCUUGUGCAUCGGAAAUAUCAUUCGACAUGGCGGCCUUGGAGAAUCACGGGUGCUUAUGAAUUACUUUACGAAACGCUCAUCAGUUUCUGCUCGGCUGUGGUAAAGAUAAAAGCUAUCAUAUGGGCGACGAGUUCCGACGGCGUGAAACCAAUUCCUGCAUUUUCAUGAGGCCUGACGUAUUACUUCACGUUUCUCAUCCUCGCAGGUGGAGGCCCGCCCCCCUUUUGCCAAGGUGGUGGUAAGUUUGUGGGGGGCGGGGGUUUGCCAGAAUAUGUAGACUUGACUGAGCGCGCACCUUGUAAAGAGGUCGUAGGUACGUCUGGCCUACGGCGUGGUUGGGAGGGUCGUGUUGAAAACAUCUUUGCCGAGAUGAGCCUCAGCCACCGCCGUGCGGGGGUUGGCAAGGGUUAGGGUUAGGUCUACUCAGAUAUUUGGGUAUUGUACUCAUCCUUGAGAAUAUCCUAGAGAAAGUAUUUC